CUGCCAGCGAUGGCGUCUGCUGAUCUGAGACAGGAGCUGGACUGUUCCAUCUGCCUGAGCAUUUAUACAGAUCCUGUAACCCUGAGAUGUGGCCACAACUUCUGCCGGGGCUGUAUUGAUCGGGUGCUGGAUACACAGGAGGGGGCUGGAGUAUAUACCUGUCCUGACUGCAGAGCAGAGUGUCAGGAGCGUCCUGCACUGAUACGGAACAUUCCUCUGUGUAACAUAGUGGGGAGGUUCCUGUCUACUCGGCCAGAUCAGGAGGAGACUGGGAUCUUCUGCACUUACUGCAUUCACUCUCCUGUACCUGCUGCUAAAUCCUGUCUGAUGUGUGAGGCUUCUCUGUGUGAUAAACACCUGAGAGUACACAGCAAGUCAGCAGAACACGUCUUAUGUGAUCCCACCACUGCCCUGGGGAACAGGAAAUGCUCCGUCCAUAAGAAGAUCCUGGAGUAUUACUGCACUGAGGACACUGCCUGUAUCUGUGUGUACUGUUCAGCUGGAGAACAUCGGGGACACUUGGUGGAGAUGUUGGAUGAAGCCUCUGAGAAGAAGAAGGAGAAGCUGAGAAAUGUUCUACAGAAACUGACCAUAAAGAGAGAGGAGACUGAGAAAAGAGUCCAGAGUCUGCAGGAGCGCAGGAGAGAAGAUCAGGGAAAAGCAGCUGAUGUAACAGAGACAGUCACUGCCCUGUUCAGAGACAUCAGGAGACAGCUGGAAGACCUGGAGAAGAGAGUCCUGAGUGAGAUCUCCAGGCAGGAACAGCGCGUUUCACUCUCAGUCUCUUAUCUGAUCCAGCAGCUGGAAAUAAAGAAGGACGAGCUGUCCGGGAAGAUGCGUCACAUUGAGGAGCUGUGUAACAUGUCUGAUCCAGUGACUGUCUUACAGGAACCAGACACAGGGGACUUGUGUGAUACUGAGGACACAGAGAGACAUGAUAACCAGGUCCGUGGUGCAGGAGAUCUGGAUGUGGGUCUCAUCUCAGGGACAUUACAUACAUUAUCUGGUAUAAUAACAGGUAUAAAUACAGGGAUCUAUGUGCAGGAACCUACAGACCUAUUACUGGAUGUGACCACAGCUGGUAAUACUAUACAGAUAUCAGGUGACAGGAAAACUGCAUCCAGGUCACCAGACCAGAAUCACCCAGUAACACCAGAGAGAUUUCAGUGUAAUCAGGUAAUAAGCACCAGGGGAUUCUCCUCAGGGCGACAUUACUGGGAGGUGGAUGUCAGUAAGUCAGUGGGGUGGAGGGUGGGGAUGUGUUAUCCCAGUAUAGACAGGAGAGGAGAUCAGUCAGACAUUGGGGAGAAUAACAAGUCCUGGUGUCUGUGUAGGGGGGGGUAUAAUAAUCAGUACUCAGUGACACAUGACAGUAGAGAGAUCCGGUUACCUGACAAUAUCCGCUGUGACAGAGUGAGGGUAUAUCUGGAUUAUGAGGCAGGACAGCUGUCCUUUUAUGCUCUGUGUGACCCCAUCAGACACUUACACACCUACACUGCUGCCCUCACUGAGCCCCUCCAUGCUGCAUUACGUGUUGGGAACAGAUUUUUUGAUCCUAGAGGUUCUUCUAUAACUAUAUGUGGGGGAGUCAGGAGCUGGGAGAAAUUACCAUAGGAAAUCCUCCCAGAGACUGGUGACAUCACAGAGAGGGGAAUAUGAUUGGUGGAGCACUCAGCAAAUAGAAUGUAGCAGUAGGUGGAGUUACAGCUGAGCCCCUCCCCCUGGGUGACCACGUGACCAGUGUGUCUGGAGCCGUUCCCUUAUUGGUGUGUUGCUGUCAUUAUAACUAUAUAAAUACACAUCUCUGACACUGACACCUGUGAUUGGCUGGAAUAUCUGUCAGUGUGCUGAUGUCAGUAUAGUGUGAUGGUGACAUUAUGAGUGACAUCAUUGUGACUACAUCCCCGGCCCAUCACCACACACCUGACCAUAGGGAGGACAGCCCAGCACUAUUUUAUCUAUGUAAUAUUUGCUGAAUUCCUUAAUAUAAAACAUUUGGCCUCAGCAUCCUGUGAGUAAAAUGCUGAUACUCUAGGGCGCUGUGAUUCAGUAACACUGAGACCACUGGUGCCCCCUAUUACUGUAGUCAGAGCUACACUCCCUCGCACUGGGUGUUAUGUGUGUAGGGGGAGAAUGGGGCGGGGACUGUGUAAAGCUCCACCUACUGGGAACUGUAACAAAAGCCGAUGUUUCUUACAUAACACAUGAUUGGCUGGACAGCUACUGACUGCAUGAUGCCUCAUUGCUUAUCUGUAUUAUCUUAUGCAGGAAUCACAAUGUAUAAUGACUGUUUAUGUGCUCACCAUUAUACAAGUAUAGUACAAAUUAUACAGCGCUCUCUUUACAUCGCGCCCUUUAUACUGCCGCCAUCACUUACCGCCAUGUACACUGUCACCAUAAGAGCCUUAAAACAUACAAAUGACAUUAUACAUGUAAUAAACAACGUUAUGGCGUCACAGUCAGAGACUUUGGGAGACAUCGAUAACAACUUUGUAAUCAACGUCUCUUCUAAAUAUUUCUGUUCUACUGAUGUAAUGGGGAGUGGGGGGAAUCAGCCAGACAGGCUUAUGUGAUUGGUUUCCACAGCUAAGCCUGUACAUAUAGGAGAUAUGUGCUCCUUCCGUUACAUCCCCUGUAUUAUACACGUUAUCAGGAUGUCACACCCGGUACUCAUACUCUGCAGUCACACACCUUACACAUGGAGCUAUUUGCUCCAUCAUAGGAAGCCUGGUAAUACUAAUUAUAUGACGGUAAGUGCAGGGCCGGCUCCAGGCCUACUAGCACCCUGAGCGAGAAGAUUUAAGAGCCCCCCCCCCC